AUGGGCAAUCUUCACAUUGCUCCCGCUGCGGGGAACGGCUUUCCCGACGAUUCACCCUCCUCCUCCUCCUCCUCCUCCUCCUCCUCCUCCUCCUCCUCGAACCAUCGGUACACGCCUGUCUCCAAUGACUUGGAAGAAGAAUACUUGAGGUCGAAGCCCUCAAAGCCAACUGGGGCACCCCUGCGCUUACAAACGGACUUUGGAGACAGCGUGGAAGUAGGCGGGCCUGUUUCUGCUGUUUCCGAUGUGGACGGGGAUAAUGGGUAUGAUUCAGCUGAGGGUAAUGAGGCGAAGAGAAGACGAGCAAGGGAAGCCCCGAAAUACACCUCCGAAGAAGAAUCCGAGGUUGUGAGAUUGUUUGAUCGGAGACUGGUGCCAUUUCUAGCCCUUCUUUAUCUGCUGGCUUUCUUGGACCGCUCGAAUAUCGGAAAUGCGAAAAUUGCUGGUCUGCAGGAGGAUCUCAAUCUCUCGUCGUCGCAGUAUGAAUGGCUCCUUACAGCAUUCUACAUCACCUACAUUCUUUUCGAAUGGAUGACCCUCAUGUACCAUCUCGUCCCACCGCAUAUUUAUAUUUCCCUUUGCGUCUGCGGAUGGGGACUUGUGGCUUCAUUUCAGUGUUUAGCAACAUCGUUCGGAACCUUGGUCGUCCUUCGUGCUAUGCUUGGCAUCGCAGAAGCCGCGUUUGGCCCCGGUGUCCCCUUCUACCUGUCGCUAUUCUACCGCCGUCAUGAGCUUGCCUUCAGAAAUGGACUGUUUAUCUCAGCGGCACCGCUGGCAACGUCUUUCGCGAGCAGUCUGGCGUGGACCAUCACGAAAUUUAGCGCCGAUGGCCCGAUCUCUCCUUGGCGCACGCUCUUCCUGGUCGAGGGAUUUCCCAGUAUCAUCGCUGCUGUAUUCGCCUGGGCACUUAUUCCAGAUUCUCCUGGACGUGCUCGGUUCCUUACUCGUCAACAGCGGGUGGUAGCUCGGCUUCGUCUAGAAGAGAACAAGCCCGAUUAUCAGCAGACAAAAGAACAACGAUUCAAGUGGGGAGAAAUCAAGAAAACAUUGGCUGAUCCCAAGGCUUACAUGGCUGCUUUCAUGUUCUUCAGCUGCAAUGUGGCAUUUAGCUCCAUGCCCGUCUUUCUACCGACUAUCAUCAAAGACAUGGGAUACUCUUCACUUCGAGCCCAAGCACUAUCCGCGCCGCCCUACCUCGUGGCUUUCGCAGUUGUCCUUCUGACAGCCUACGCCUCGGAUCGAGCUCACACAAGGAGCCCCUACAUAAUCGCGCAUGCUUUGGUCUCUUCACUUGCGUAUUCCAUCAUCGCCGCAAUAGGAUACUUCCACAAUCACCUCUCCAUCGAACUGCACAUCUUCAUUCGGUACAUCUGUGUGUACCCAGCUACGGCAGGUUUUUUCUCCGCUAUCACAUUGAUCAUCACUUGGUCAAUGGAUAACCGAAUCGAGAAAGAAGGCAGAGGAGCCAGCAUCGCCAUUCUAAAUAUCAUCGGCCAAUGCGGCCCCUUACUCGGAACCAGAUUGUACCCGGAGUCUGAUGGGCCGUGGUAUAUUCACGGCAUGGCCACUUGUUCUUUUUUCAUGGUUCUUGUUGCUGUGCUGGCUUUCGCGUUGAGAGUUCUCCUUCAGAAGGCGAAUCGCAUCGUCGUUGCUGGUAAUAACGACAACUCUGCGCACUCGGGCGAGGAGCGCGACGAACUCAUGGGUGGCGGAAGGCGUGACGAUCUUGAGCAAUCAGGUGAUCGAAGACUUGUGUACAUCAUUUAA